AUGAGAUCCCAAAUGUAUGAGCCACUUAGUUCCUGCAAUAUUUUCUCUCUGCAUGUUAUGUUCUUAUGCUUCACAAUUCUUCAACUAGCAGCACAGUCCAGUUCCCAAAUGUAUGCUUCUAAAAGAGAGCUCAGCUCGCUUUUAACAUGGAAAACCAGUCUUGAUAACAAAAGCCAAGCAAUAUUGUCAUCCUGGAAUUCAGACACUCCAUGCAAGUGGGAUGGAAUUGGAUGCAACAAGGCCGGAAAAAUCGUGCAAAUUAACCUCACACAUUUUGGUUUAAAAGGUACACUUCAUGAUCUAAAUUUCUCAGCCAUGCCUCAUCUCAUUGGCAUCUACCUUUCUAACAAUUCACUUUAUGGUACCAUUCCAUCAAACAUGUGUUACCUUUCUCGACUCGAAUUUCUUGAUCUUUCCAGCAAUGCUUUCUAUGGAACACUUCCACUUGAAAUAGGUCAGCUGACAAAUCUUCAAUACCUUGAUAUGCAUAGCAACCAUAUCAAUGGAUCCAUCCCUCAAGAGAUUGGGAAAUUAAGAUCCCUUGUUCAAAUCUCAUUGCGGGGUAAUGAUCUUAGUGGUUCCAUCCCUAUUUCUGUCAAGAAUUUGGUUAACUUGGAACGCUUGUAUCUUUACGAGAACAGGCUUUCGGGUUCCAUCCCAAAAGAGAUCGGCAUGUUAACCUCUCUCCGAGAGAUUGCCUUGCAAAAGAACAAUCUGACCAACGUAAUUCCAGAAUCCCUUGGGAAUUUGAGAAAUUUAGCCCUUUUGCAUCUUUCGGAAAACAAUCUAUCAGGCCACAUUCCUUCUUCACUGGGAAACUUGACUAAACUAAAUAUUUUGUGGCUGAGUAGAAAUCAACUAUCUGGCUCCAUCCCAUCUGAAUUAGGAGAACUCAAGUCCUUAGUUGAGUUGACAUUGUAUGCAAAUGAGCUCACUGGCACCAUUCCAUCAGCAAUUAGUAACAUUACAUACUUGAAAAGGCUGUACCUGAGCAGAAACCAUCUCACUGGCCAGUUGCCCGAAAACAUUUGCGCCAGUCAAUCACUCACAGACUUAGUAAUGUUUGAAAAUAAUUUUUUUGGUGACAUCCCCAGAAGCUUGAAAAAUUGCUCAAGCCUACAAGUUCUUUUCCUUGCAUUGAACCAAAUAUCAGGAAACUUAUCUGAAGGUUUCGGUGUGUAUCCAAACUUGUCGUAUAUUGAUUUAAGUUACAAUAAGUUCUAUGGUGAGUUGUCUACAAAAUGGGGACAAUGCUAUAAAUUGACAAAUUUUGUGAUCAACAACAACAACGUUUCUGGUUCACUACCGCCUGAGCUUGGAAAGGCAAUCCAACUGGGUCGAAUUCAACUCUCUUCCAAUCAAUUAUCUGGGAGGAUUCCAAUAAGUUUUGGUAGUUUGACUUCGUUACUCUACCUUGAUUUGCACAACAACAAAUUUUCAGGUAAUGUACCACCAGAAAUAGGCAAGUUGUCCCAACUCCAAAUUCUGAGUUUGUCUGGAAAUGAUCUUAGCGGUCCGAUUCCAGAACAAAUAGGAGAGUGUGCACAAUUACGGAAGUUGGACUUGAGCCAAAAUGUACUCACUGGAAGUAUUCCUUCUGAAAUAGGAAACUUGAAUGUAUUGGAGACUCUUGAUCUGAGCCAAAAUAUGUUGGUUGGUGAUAUACCACAGAACCUUGGAAGCCUGAAAAGCUUUGAGAACAUGAAUCUAUCACAUAAUAACAUAUCAGGGUCCAUUCCUAAGAGCUUUAGUACAUGCUUCAGUUUGCUUUCUGUGGAUAUAUCAUACAACCAAUUGGAGGGCCCUCUCCCCAACAUAAGUGCAUUUCAAAAGGCUCCAUUUGAUGCUUUGAGAAAUAAUAAAGCUCUGUGUGGCAAUGUUGUUGGCUUGAAUUCCUGCAACUCAUCUUUGAGAAAUAAGGCUAACAAAAGCAAAACAGAAAGAAUCAUUGUUCUAAUUGUUCUUCCUGUUUUAGCAACCAUAUUUCUUCUAACGAUCAGUAUUGGGAUUUUCUUGAUUAUACGACCACGUACAAGAAGGACUGAUCAGCCUGGAAGUUCUACAUUACCUGAAAACUUGUUUGCCAUUUGGAGCUUUGAUGGGAAGUUCGCCUAUGAAAACAUCAUCGAAGCAACGGAGAAUUUUCACCCAAACCAUUGCAUUGGAGAGGGAGGAUGUGGAAGUGUUUUUCAAGCUCAAUUGCCUAAUGGUCAAGUCUUUGCUGUGAAGAAACUCCAUGCAACAGAAAGUGGAGUACAAGGCACCGCAAAAGGAUUUGAAAACGAAAUUCGAGCACUGACAGAAAUACGACAUCGCAGUAUUGUGAAACUUCAUGGAUAUUGUUCACAUCCACGCCACUCUUUCUUGGUUUAUGAAUUCUUCGAGGGGGGAAGCUUGCUGCACACACUAAGUGAAGAUGAAAAAGCAAUGGAGUUUGAGUGGAUCAAGAGGAUAAAUGCUGUGAAAGAUGUUGCAAAUGCAUUGUCUUAUAUGCAUCAUAAUUGUUCACCUCCUAUAGUUCAUAGAGAUAUAUCAAGCAAGAAUAUCUUGUUGAACUCUGAUUAUGAGGCUCAUAUAUCUGAUUUUGGGACUGCAAAGCUUUUAAGGCCAAACUCAUCUAAUUGGUCUUCAUUUGCUGGAACUUAUGGAUAUGCUCCUCCAGAACUUGCUUACACUAUGGAAGUAACUGAAAAAUGUGAUGUUUAUAGCUUUGGAGUGGUAGCUCUAGAAGUGAUGAUGGGGAAGCAUCCUGGUGACCUCAUUUCCUCAUUAGAAAUCUCAUCAUCAUCAUCAGCUUCCAACAACAUGAUGUUGCAAGAUGUUUUGGACCCAAGAUUACCACUUCCUGUUCAGCAAGAACUAGGCCAAGUGGUCUUGGUUGCUAAACUAGCACUAUCAUGCAUAAACUCCAAUCCUAAAUUAAGGUUGCCCAUGCAGGAAGUCAUCACCCAGCUAUCAGCUAAGGGACUUCCAUUGAAGAGCAUACCACCUUCCAUUACACUUGGACAGCUAAAUGGAUCUUAA